UAUUCAAAAAAGUAAUGCAUGUCUACUAAGAUUUAAAUAAUCAUAAAUGAGCGGCACCCUUUUCAAACAUGCACACUAUUAGACAUUUAGUAGUAGAUAGUAGUAGUGUUUUCCCCUGUAAAUCCGGCCCCUUCUACUCAAUCAUACACUCUCCUUUUCUCACAUUUUCUUCUUCACUCUCUUUUCUCACUUGUUUUUAGGCUUACCACUAUUAGUAGUUAGUACUUCACCCUAAAUUCAGGGUUAAUCUACCAACUCACACAAGCCUAACAUAAGAAGUAAGAACAUACAUUCAGCUUCAAAUUUAUCCAUUUUUAAGAAUUAAGAUCAAUGACCAAUGGAAGAACAACAUUCAACUAAAUUUAGGAAAACCCAUUUUGCUAAUCAACAAUGUAAUGCUGAAUUUCAAGCAAUUAGUAGAAAUAAAGGUAAGUCUUGCUCAAGUUUCCUUCUUAAAUUCUUUCUGGUUGCUCUCUUUCUCUCUCUACUCCCUCUGUUUCCUUCUGAUCCUCCUGAAUUUAUAAGCCACACUAUUUUUGCCAAGUCUUGGGAACUCAUUCAUCUUCUUAUUAUUGGUAUUCUUCUCUCCUAUGGCUUGUUUUCUCGUCCUAAAACCCAUCAAACCCCUCUUAAAACCCAUCUUUCUCAACCAUAUGCAUCCAAUCUUCUUCAUCAUUCUUCUAUUUUUGAUUAUGAGGAAGAUAACCCACCUGGGGUUUCUUGUAAAAAUGCAAUUCCAACCAAAAGUUUUAAUCUUUCAAGUUAUAGGACAGGAGAUUUGAGGGGAGAGGGGGAGAAUUGUAAAAACUUUGAUGAGAAACCUUUGGGGUUACCAGUUAGAAGUUUGAGGUCAAGAGUAGUGGAAAGUGAUGGUGAAGAAGAAGAAAAAGAGUGUACUACUGAAUGUGAAUCUGGAUCUGAAUCUGAUAUGAGUGGUGAAAACUUUACUAAUACAAGUAUGCCAAAUAAUGAAAAAGUAGAAGAAAAUGCAUGGAAGAGUGAUUUUUUUAGGGCAGAAACUGGUAAAUUUGAAGCAAAACAGGCGAAGUUUGAGUCUUUUAGGUCACCUACACAGGAAGGUUCAUCUUGUCAGAAAUUCACUGGGUUCUGUUCUUGGUUGCCAGAGUCACCUAAUAUGGUGGAAAGAGAAAUUUUAUGGAGGGAAAAUAAUUUUUACAUGCCCUUUACAAAUUUUACACAAGCUAAUGAUUUUAAUUUGCUAAACCCCCAAACUAGUAGUACAGACUAUUUCAUGCCUUCAGCUGCUGUUCCCGCUUCAGUACCAUUUUCUACUAGUGAUUUUGCAUCUGGGUUCAGAAAAUAUAAUCAUGUAAAAGGACAUUGGGGUGAUACAGAUUCUGGGUUUUGCAUGCCUUCAACUUCUGUUCCAUCUCCAAUGUCAGUUCCUGGCCCUGCUACUGAUUUUGGAUUUAGGUCUAGAAGAUACAAUUAUGAGGCUGAAAAUUGGUGUAAAUCACCAAACUUGCAAGAUGGAAUUUUUGGUAGGGGAAACCCAAAUCUUUUCAUGCCUUUAGAUGCAUUUCCACCUUCCAUGCCUGCUUCUGCAAUUGGUUUUGAUUCAAGUCAUCUCAAGAAAAAGGAUGGGAUGCGGUCAGAAAGCAAUAAAGAUACCCCUCAUUUAGAUGAUCUGCUUUCAGGUAAAAAACUGAUAUCAUUUCCUGUUAAUGGCAAUUCAUCUAUUGAAGCAUCAAGGAAUGCAGAUUUCAACCAAAACUUGUUCAUGAAUAAUAUUGAAGGUUUUCCUUCAGUACCAUCUCCUGUUAAUGAUUUUGCUGGUGCGAGUGUCAAUCAAGACGUGUUUAUGAACACAAUUCAAGCUCUGCCCUCAGUACCAUCUCCUGUGAAUGAGGUUACUGCAUCAGUUAAAGCAUCAAGAAGUUCGAGUUCCAAUCAAGACUUUUUCGUGAACACAACUCAAGUUCUGCCAUCAGUGCCAUCUCGUGUUGCUGGGUUUUCUGCAUCAAGUAGCGCAAGAUGCAAUCAAGACAUUUUCACAAACACAACUGAGGUUCUGCCUUCAGUCCCAUCUCCUAUUAAUGAGACUACGGCAUCAGUAAAAGCAUCAAAGAGUGCAAGUUUCAAUCAAGACUUCUCCAUGAACACAAUUGAUGUUCUGCCCUCAGUAUCAUCUCCUGCUAAAACUGCAUCAGUUAAAGCAUCAAGGAGUGCAAGAUUAAAUCAAGGCUUUCACACGAACGCAACUGAAGUUCUGUCUUCAGUACCAUCUCCUAGUGUUGAGUCUGCUGCAUCAGGUAAACCAUCAAGGAACGCAAGAUUAAAACAAGGAGCUUUUGUAAAGAAGGAAGAGGAGAAAUCAGAGCAGGAUAAUAUGGGAAGUUUAGGAGAGGGGAGUAGUAGUUAUGCCCCGUAUUGUGUUAAGCCAAUUGCAAUCCCUGCUGCAAAGGCUGACGUAUCCUGGAAGAAGAAUGAGAAAAAAUCAGCACCAGAGAGAUGGGACGAUGACUGUUUUGUAAUACAAUCAUCAGAAAUUAACUCCACCAGCAAUUCAGUGCAAGCAAACCCAUCAUCUCUUGAGCUCAGUUAUUCUUCAGAAACACUGUCUUCAGCAAGAUCAAGCAGUAGAAUUUCAUUUCAUGAGCAAAAACCACUGCAGGAACUUCUGGAAGAAAAUGUUCAAUGGAGUGCACCAACAAACAACUCUGUGAUAGAAGACUUGAAUGGAGAGAAUGAUUCCUAUAAGCCAUCCCCGCCUUCACCACCACCUCAAGUUCAAACACGAAGUCAUGUAGUUGAUUCCAGUAUUAAGGCCCUUGAUAUUCAGACAUUGGUUAGCAAUGAUGAUCAAAGAUCACCUCCUACAUCAGAGGGAAGGAAAGCUUUAUCAAAGGCAUCCCAUUCUCGAAGAUUUAGUUGUGGUUCCUUCUUUGAUAGAGAUCUAAGGAAGAGCUUCAAGGAUGAAGCAAAGGAAGCGAACAGGAAAACCAAGGGAGAUGAUCAAUUUGCAAGAGGAAGCAAGUGUGGUUGCUUAAUGUUGGAUGUGAAACCAACACUGAAUAAGACAGACUCAAAGGGAAAAUCUGUAAGAACAAUUAGGCCAAAAGAGAUCUCUCAUGAUCGGCAAAAGAACGAUCACAAUGAACAGAAACUCGAGGAAUACAAUGAAGGGGAAAGAAAAGGAGAGAAGCAGGAAGUGGUGGUAAUACAAAUUGGAAUUAAAGAAAAAAGAUCGAAUUCCAAUGGUCGAAGAGGUGAAAAGCUUCAAAAAAGUGGUGAAACCUCCAUUGUUGUGGGAUUGAGCUCAAACAAAAACUCAAAUGGAACAGCUGUUGUCCCUGUUGUUAAUGAUGUUACAGAGGAGGAAAAUGAUAGUGAAAUUGAUAAGAAGGCUGAUGAAUUCAUUGCCAAGUUUAAGGAGCAAAUUAGACUGCAAAAAGUUGGAGCAAAAGGUGAUUCUAGGAGGCAUAAUCAGAAAUCUUUGUAUCAUACUUGAAUCUGUUAUUGCAGUUGACUCUGCACAAAAGAUUCCUUUUUUAUUUUACAUCAAUAGUGGGUUCCUAAAAUGUUCCACAGCAAGUUUGCAUAAAUCCAUUUACUUUUCAUUGAUAUUGCAGCAUCUCUUAACAGUUAACUCCCAUUCUCCAGCUUCAUGCUUUAGCAGUUUUCUCUGUUGAAAAAAAUACUAGUAGUUUCAAAUAUAUGAAAUAUUUUUUGCUUGUGA